AGCAGCUUCUGCCGGAAGGAGUGGGGGCUGCGGAGGGGAGAGAAGGGAAAGGAAGAAAAGGAGGAGUUUCCUGGCGGGGAAGUCACCUAACAGGCCUCCCUCUGAGCCCCGGGAAGCCCACCGCGGGGCCCCAACGCCCCAGCUGGGGAACCGGCACGAGGAGAAGGGGCUCCGCCUCGCCAUUGGACUACACAGGCCUACGUGAGGCCCAUCCAGGAACCAGGCACAGAGCAGAGCAGUGACAGGCCGAGCCCACGCAGCAACGGGCACGCGGGAAGGAACCGAAUCCAACCUGAGGCACCGAAGCCUGUGUCCCUGCCCCACGCUGGGACAGUGGCAGCGGCCAUCGCCGGGCCGUGCCAUCGAGGUAGGGUCUCCUCCCCGCCGGCAAGCUGGCUUGUGAUGACCCUUAGAUAAGACAGUGCGCUAACCACCCGCACCUGCCAGCUCCCUGCUUAGUCCCAGGAGAGAAAGAAAAGACACCCCCACCCAGACCGGCCCAGGACACCCCAUCCCGGCCCCACACUGUGUGUGUCACUGACCCCUUCUCCGUGCCCAGGGAGGGCUCCCAGGAAGGAACGUUUGUCCAGAGCUUCAGCUUCCCGGGCAGGACCGAGCCCUGGGAGCCCUUCCGCAGCCCUGUUUUCUCCAAACCCAACCUGCUGCUCUGCCCAGGCCUGGCUGGGCACCAGCUGGGCGGGGAAGCGGAAUCCGACCCCGGGCGCUGGGCCUGGUCUCCAUGGCAGCCGCGGAUUUAUUACAGGGGCCUCCACCCCGCUUGGCGGACUUAGGACUUGAAGCUGGGAGGAAGGAAACCAAGAAAGCAGCCCUGGGAGCAGGGAGCUCAGGGGUGCACUGGAGGCCCCGAGAUGAGUACAAGGAAUGCUUCUCCCUGUAUGACAAGCAGCAGCGGGGGAAGAUAAAAGCCACGGACCUCAUGGUGGUGAUGAGGUGCCUGGGGGCCAGCCCGACACCAGGGGAGGUGCAGCGGCACCUGCAGACUCAUAAGAUAGACAGAAACGGAGAGCUGGAUUUCUCCACUUUCCUGACCAUCAUGCACAUGCAAAUAAAACAAGAGGACCCAAAGAAGGAAAUUCUCUUGGCCAUGUUGAUGGCGGACAAGGAGAAGAAAGGUUACAUCAUGGCGUCGGAGCUGCGGUCAAAACUCAUGAGACUGGGGGAGAAGCUCACCCACAAGGAAGUGGAUGAUCUCUUCAGAGAAGCAAAUAUUGAACCAAACGGCAAAGUGAAGUAUGAUGAAUUUAUCCAGAAGAUCGCCAUUCCUGUGCCGGACUACUGAAUGGAGAGAAUGCAAGAGAGCACCCCCUGGGCCUGAAAACCAGACGGAUGAAUUUUUACAAAGAAAAGCGUUCCUUUCACUCUAGGGAGACAGCAGAGCGGCAUGACGCUCCCUGACUGUAGCAGAGGAUAACGUAUCAAUGAAAAUAAAUGAUUUUGGCCAUGGCAUUAGCACGUCCUUAAUAAAAGAUUUUUAUUAAUUUUAA